CCAAACUUGUUGACUCACAGCUCUCCAUCCUCCACGGCGCGGAGCUGUCCAGGGUCCAGUGGUGCUGAAACUCUCACCUCCCGACGCGCCUUAGGAAUUAUCUCCUCUUUUUUUUGUUCUCUUCAUCUUUGUUUCACUCCUCUCACCGAGCUUGAAGAAAGUUAUAUGCUCUCUCCGUGCGACACGUCCAGACGUCUCGUUUAAGCGUCACCGCCCUCGCCAAGAGCGCACCAAGCCCUCAACUUCUUCUUAGCCGGUCACAGAGAGGAGUCUCCGAGGCGCAGCCAUGUCGUUCAUGGUGAAGCACAUGGUGGGGGGGCAGCUGAAGAACCUGACGGGUGGACUGACGGAGGAGAAACCCGAGGCAGAGAAGACAGAUGCCGCCGCGCAGGGGAUGACCCAGGAGGAAUUUGAACAAUAUCAGCAACAGUUAGAGGAGGAAAAACAGGAACGAGAAGCAAAUUUUGCCCAGAAGAAAGCUGAGAGAGCUACAGUUAGAACUCAUUUCCGGGAAAAGUACCGGUUACCAAAGAACGAAUUGGAUGAGACCCAGAUCCAGCAGGCGGGGGACGACGUGGAGCUGCCCACGGAGCUGGCCAAGAUGAUCGCUGAAGACAACCAGGAGGAAACGCACAAGCAGUCGGUGCUGGGCCAGCUGUCCAACAUCCAGAACGUGGACAUCGACCAGCUGAAAGACAAAGCCCAGGCCACGCUGGAAGACCUGAAAAAGCAGACGGAGAACUGCAGCCUCAUGUGAUCCUGCAAAACUCUUGAGUCCCAGAGGAUUAGAGUUUGACUUGUACAAAUAUUUUUCAGAGGCAGAGCUGCUCUAGAGAUAGAAAUAUUCUCAUUGCUUCAGUGGAAUGUCAGUUGGCAGAGCCACAUAAUAACAGUUUUUCUAGCUGUGCAAAGUUGGACAGACGCCCCCGUGGAAAAGAAAGGAAAAGCUGAUAUUUUGAAAUCUGGGGCUCAUUUUACAAACUGGAAAGAUAGUAGUUCUAGCUACAGUGUCAUCUAGGGAAUUUUCUUGUUAACCCUCAAAUCUCCUAUAAGCCAUGAAUGUCAUUCAUAUAUUUUUAUUGAAUCAGCUAACUUGCACUCUCAAAGACUGUGGUUCUUGGGCUCCUCCUAUUGAUUUAACACAUGAGACUAUUUCUGCAUUUAGAACAACUCCUCCUCUGAGAAAAGUUUAUCCCGCGUAUCAAAUCCCUUCGUUCCCAAACCUUCCUCUGUGUCUGUACCUCACCUGACCUGUGAUAAUACAAUACAAUCCUGCAGCAGAGCUCUCAGUUAUGUGUAGAGGGUUAAGUUGCUUCCAAACACACAGCACAGCCGCAGAUUUCACUGAUGCAUUAACAGCAGGAGAGACUGACUCUGGCUUGUGUCAGGAAGUCAUGUUUUAUGUUGGAUGUAGGAAAUUUGGUGAUUUAUUUCAGGGUGAAUAAAAUAAAAGAGCCAAAAUACAGGCAAUAUUCAUUUUAGAGCAACAAAUCAGGCUGAUCUUUGUUGUAAGUAGCUUACCAAUGUCAGCGCCCUGGUGCCCAGACUUAAGCUCCCUGUGAGCUGCAUUAAUCUUACUUUCAAUAUUUCCCUGAACAUAUCAUUUUACUGGCGUUUCUAGCUUUUUCAGUACUUCGGUGUGCCUCUGACGUCCGUACAAGGUUGGCGUCUUUAUAGCUUCAAGAUGUGUAAGCUACUUUUUACAAAAACUGGUCUUCUGGUUUGCUCCUCUGUGGCAGUUUUUUUUAAGUUGAAUUAGAUGCAAACAAUAUAUAGUCAGGCAUAUAUGAUGUCUUAUGUUUGCUGCAUUUUAUGAGCUGUGAGUAAAUACAGUAAAACGUGUAUAAUAACUGGCUUCCUGAAUUUAACCUGGCAACAAUCUCAACUACAUAAUGAGUAAAUCUGUUUGUGUGCUGCAUCCAGUUUUAAAAAAACAGACACGAAAGCUGCUCAGAUGAGAGAAAUGUAAAUGCUUCAGAAGUUGUAUGCCAAAGGAAAUGGCGUAAAUAUGUCAAACUGUGUAACCGAAGUGUGUGUUUGUGUGUAUAAAUCCACAUACAAACAUUUAUGUUGUAUAAGAUGUAAAUGUAUCUCCUGUUUGCCUAUAAUGUCAACAGCGGCCAUCAUCCACUGCACUUUCAUCGACUCGCUUGGUCUCGUAGUGUUGUAGCCCGCUUUGUGUGACCUUUGACCUUGUCCUCCAUCUCACCGACCCCGUGUGUCCUCAGUGGCUUCCGUUGUUGUGCUGGUGGACUUUGUGAUGUUUAGACGAUGUGAUAUGUCGAGUGGUGUCUUUGUAAAAAAAAAAAAAACCUGGUCCCGGCAGAGAGUGCUGGUGGUAGAGUUACGCAUGCAGCACAGUCACUGAGGUGUUCUGUCUGUGCUGUUUUCCCUGCCAACCGUGAGGCGUGGCAGCGUGGGCGACUAAAGAGGGGGGUGUCGUUGGUGUCGUGUUACGUUCAUAUACAUUUUUGCCAGUGUUUGAGUUUACGUAGCAGUGGUGUAGAGGGUGAUGUCAGCUGCCCCCUACAUUGAUUCCUGUUAUGGUUCAACUGCCAAAAAAGUUAUUAUAAUUUUUUUAUUUCAUUUACAUAUUUUAAGGAAAUAUGGGGGAAACAGAUAUUGCCUGUUUUUUCUAAUUUUGUUGGUAAUUUCCAUCUGAAGAUGCCACACUACUGCUGAAUGAAACCUGAGGAAACAUGAGGGAGACAUUUUCAGUGCGGUGGAUAUCGCCCUGUGAUAAAUAAACAGUAUAUUCAUAAUAUUUCAAUAUGAAGCAGAGGAAAAGUUGCAAUAAGUCCUUUUAUGAUCAAUUAUCAUGUUUCAUGGUAAGACAACAUUAGUGGGUGGAGCAGAAGCCAUAAAGCAAACUGUUUGCUUUGUAUGAGUGUGUAUAACUUGAAAUAAGAAUUCAGUAACUCAAUAAUACUACUAAUAUUAAUAGUGAUAUAUAAAUGUACUUUUGUGCUGUCAUACUGUGCAGUUGAUUUCUGUAUCUUUCAGGAAGUGGCUGCAACGACAAGCAGUUUCUCCUCGUUCUUUGAUUAUCUCUGUCAUUCUCUCUCUGAAAGGAUUUCAGUGAUUUUAAGUUUUAACUGCAAUAAACUGAUUUUUAGGAUAA